AUCCGGCUCCUCCGGCCGCUGCCAUCUCUCUCACUCACCUGGAGUAAGGGGCGGGACCUCUCCUAGUCAUAUGACUAGUCCCGACCCAUGACACACCUGAGUAGUGGGCGUGGCCUCUGCCGCCAUCACGUGAUUCCUCCCGGGCUGGGGACACACCUGGAAACUUUACCUGAGAGAAGCCGGAUUGUACUGGACACCUGAACCGCAGCAGAUCCGCACAGUCCAGAACCGCAGAGCCGACACCACCGCCAACAUGAAGGAGCCGGACAUCAAGUACAAUAACCGCCCGCAGAGCUUCAAUGGAAUCGAGGAAAUGGUUGAAUUUCUUCCCGCCACAGACACGAAAAAGAUGGAGAAAAUGACCCUAAAGAAAAAACUCCUGAUAGCUGGCAUAGUGUGCGCCGCUGCUCUCAUCUCUGUUGCCAUUGGCCUCUUAGUCUGGCACUUUGGAUACCGGAACAGACCGGAGCACAAAGUGUUUACAGGUUUUCUGACUGUGACAAAUUACCCCUUCAUUGAGGCCUAUGAGAACCCGUCGUCUCAAGAAUUUGCAGAUAUGUCUUCUAAAGUGACUGAAGUGCUGCUGAACGCCUAUCGGAGUGAUCCUGCCAUAGGGCCCCACUUGGUCAGCUGCAACAUUACAGCGUUUAGCGAGGGCAGCGUCAUCGCCUACUACCUGUCAGAGUUCAGUGUGCCGAAGUAUCAGGCCGCUGCCCUGGAUAAAGCCAUGUCGGAGCUGAAUCUGAAGACCAUUACUGCACGUCGUAUCACCUCUUUGGCCGUGGAUGCAUUUGCAGCAUACCCAACCGACCCUCAGAUGGUGAGAAUGUUCCGUGACAACCGCUGCAAUUUCUUCCUCCACGCCAGCCCUGGAGUUGCGACUCAAUUCACCACCCCUGGAUUUCCCAACUUUCCUUACGGACCAAACUCCAGGUGUCAAUGGGCACUGCGAGCAGAUGCUGGUCACAUGAUCAUGCUUCACUUCAAAACCUUUAGGAUGGAGCCCUGUAAAACCGGCAAAGGGGACUAUGUUACUGUGUACGACUCUCUGACCGCCAUGGAGCCGCGCAUUAUGGUGAAGUUAUGCGGUAGUUACCCCCCAUCCUACAACCUGACCUUUGUUUCCUCGCAGAAUGUCAUGUUGGUCACUCUGGUCACAGACAACGUGGGGAAGCAUCCCGGCUUCUUGGCUAAAUUUACCCAGAUACAGAGGACAACACUAUGUGGAGGAAACUUGAGGGAAGCCAGCGGUACGUUCAGUACACCCUUCUACCCAGCCCAUUACCCACCCAACAGGGAAUGUAUAUGGGACAUCCAGGUUCCUACAAACCAACAUGUGAAGGUCCGAUUCCUAAUGUUCUAUCUCCUGGAGCCCUCAGUCCCCAUCACCACCUGCCCCAAUGACUACGUGGAGAUCAAUAACCAAAGAUACUGCGGGGAACGAGCUCCGUUUGUUGUUUCCAGCAAUAGCAGCAAAAUGAGGGUGACCUUCCGCUCUGACCAGUCCUACACGGACACCGGCUUCAUGGCAGAAUACUUAUCCUAUGAGCCAAAGAAUCCCUGUCCUGACCAGUUCACCUGUAAGAGCGGCCGCUGUAUUGACCUGGCCCGGAAGUGCGAUGGGUGGAACGACUGUGGAGAUUCCAGUGAUGAAGCUUUAUGUACCUGCUCAGCUUUGCAGUUCCGCUGUGUUGCCAGCCAGAUAUGUAAACCCAAGUUCUUCCUGUGUGACGGUGUGAAUGACUGCGGAGACGGCACUGAUGAAGCGAACUGCAAAUGUCCAGACAACUAUUUGAAAUGUAGAAAUGGCAAAUGUAUCCCACAGGAGCAAAAGUGUGACAGAACCGAUAACUGCGGUGACGGCACGGACGAAUCAGAAUGUGGGGACGCUGUUAAAACCACCUGCACAGAGAGCACCUUCAAAUGUGCUAGUGGAGAAUGCAUCACCAAGCUGAACCCAGAGUGCGACAGUGUAAAUGACUGCGCGGAUGGCUCAGAUGAGAAGGAAGCGUCUUGCAGUUGCGGCAAGCGCCCUUACAGCAGAAGGACCCGGAUUGUGGGUGGUGUGAACGCAGACAUUGGCGAGUGGCCCUGGCAGGUCAGUCUACACACAAUAAAGGACGGCCACACGUGCGGAGCCUCUCUGGUGUCUCCCACCAUUCUGUUGUCUGCUGCGCACUGCUUUCAGGACGCCUCUGGAAUAAGGUAUUCUGAUCCUAACACAUGGACGGCAUAUCUGGGGCUGCAUGACCAGGCCACACGGACCACCAGCAAGGAUGUUGUUGUGCGCAAAAUAAAGAAGGUUUAUGCCCACCGACAGUUCAGUGAUUACACGUAUGACAACGAUAUUGCUUAUCUGGAACUGGAAAGUCCGGUCACCUACACAGACUUCAUCCAGCCCAUCUGUAUCCCCGAAAGUAGCCAUGUAUUCCCAGUGGGCAAAUCCAUCUGGGUGACGGGCUGGGGCGCUCUGAAUGAAGGAGGAACGGGAGCCGCAGUUCUACAGAAGGCUGAAAUCCGGGUCAUCAACCAGACUGAGUGUAACAAACUUCUGGACGGCCAACUCACCACCCGCAUGAUCUGUGCCGGAUACGUCAGUGGUGGCAUUGACGCCUGUCAGGGUGAUUCUGGGGGCCCCCUGUCCAGCGUUGAAUCGAAUGGGAAGGUCUACUUGGCUGGUGUUGUCAGCUGGGGAGAAGGAUGCGCUCGCAGGAACAAGCCAGGUGUCUACACAAAAGUGACGGCCAUGAGGGACUGGAUCAAACAGAACACGGGCCUGUAACACCCUGGAUCGGGCGGGUCACAGACAUAUUUUUUUUUAAAGAUACAUAAAUAUAUUUUUGAAUUAUUUUUUAAAUGAUUUUAAAGAGACUCCAGUGUUGGAUGAACUUGUGAGCGUGAACAACUCUGUGUGGGGGGUGGAGGGGCUGGAAACUAAGAGCCAUAUGUUAUCCUGCUCCUCUCUUCUGCCACACUGGAUCGGGGUCUAACGCUCAAGGUCUCUGAUCCCUCAUUGUAUGGAGCAGUAACAAAAAAAAAAAAAUGGAAAAAUCCUGACACUGUGGCACUGUCUGCUGCCGACCAGGUGGAUAUCGUGUCCCAACACUCCAGUUUGGUGGAUUAUCCUGGCACCAAAAGGCAUGGCAGAUAUCUGAAAUGAACUUCCUGCGCUGGAGCCUAUAGACAGCGAUGGGCAGCGCAUCAUGACAUCAUGGAAAUAUGUUUUUCUAUUGGAGGCAGUAAUGUGAAACCUCAACUCUGUGAGGAUAUACUCACACGUCUAGGACAACUUUAUAUAUUCACAGAUAUAGGACUGGCAAUGUGGGUCAGCUGCUGGCGUGUGAGGACAGAAUUUUGACUAUUAACUCCUUUUGCGUCUGGGAUUUUAUUUGUUGGAUUUUCUUUUUUUUUUUUUUUAUAUAUGACUGUUUUUUACCUUUUGCUGUUUCAUCACUCUAGUACUGUCUGUUCUAUAUCUUUGUCCUAUUCUCCUGCCUUUUUAAAUGUUCUUUUUUUAUCAGCAUAUUACCCCCAUCAUAUGUCCAUAAGUGCAGAGCGGACACGGUCAUUCGCGUGCGAUGCAGUUCCCGUUUUUCUAUUUUUGUUUUUUUUUUACAAAUCAUGAAGCCUUCGCAGUGGUUUUUAUGUUUAUAAAUAAAAGUUGUUAAAGUCGUGUCUGUGCGGCUUCCAGAAGUUAGUGAACCCCCCCCCCGGAGCUGUAGAGGAUCACAUGGGAAUGAAUGUUACUGACAGUGCUCACUUAUAUAUAGGUUUAUCUGCAUACAACCGUCCUCCUUUCACCAGGUAGGGGGUUAAGAUCUCCUCCGUUAUUUUCUCUGUUGCUUCCUGUCACCCGGUGGGGAGAGUAGUCCUCUGCAGACACUGGUUGAUGCUGCUAUAGCCUUGGGAAAGUAAGGCUGCCCGUCACCAGGAUGCCCGUCACUGAUUCAGCUGGUCUGCAUCUGUCCUUCCUCUAAUGCAGAGGACCCAAAACCAGUCCUUUUUAACCCUAUGAGAGUCCAGGGUAUGAAUUCUUCCCUGUUCUGUUCUACUGGAGUAACUUAAAAAACAAACAAAUGCAAUGUCGGGCCUUGAGGACUGAGUUGGGGACCACUGCUCUGAUGCACCCCCAUUAAAAUGUGGGGCGGAUUCCUCUGCAUCUCUGCCUGAAUACCCUAUACCUUCCAGCUCGUCACUGCCCAAGAGCUUCAGUGUCAGGAGGCAUCAUCACCCAAAAAGCUUUCAGGUCGGGCAACAUGCUGGCUUUUCGUUUUAAACCGUGACGCCAUCUUUUAGCUGAGAGAUGGCGGUGGAUUCACGUCAUAAGUCUUGCUCUGAACUAAGAUCCUAAACUCCUAUGCCAGUGUUUUCCCAAUCAGAGUGCCUCCAGCUGUUGAAAAACUACAAUUCCCAGCAUGCCUGGACAGCCGUAGGC